AUGGCAGAAGCUGUCCAAAGCUUUUGCAGUCCUAACCAACUACGAUUCCUGUUUGCACAUCUCCUGAUGAAUAUUCCAGUGACAGCAAUUGAAUUGUUCGAGGAAUAUCAGGAGGCUCUCUCGGCAGAUUAUCUUGACCAAUACGAUUCCCCGAUAAUGGUUAUGAAUAAAUGUUUGGAGGGGAUUGCAAGACAUUUGGCUGCUCAAGGUAGUAGGUUGACUGAUUUUGGGUUACCCCAACCUCAAAACCUCACAGAUGAAAUAUCUAUGGAGACUCUUGCAUUAGAUCAUCGUAGUAUCGAACUUACUGAGAUGGCAAUAUUAUCUCGGGAACAGUUAUUACCUCAACAGCUAGAUGCUUUUGAUACUAUCAUGAACAAUAUGGAUAAAAUAGCAAUCGGGGAGAUUCCUGAACAUACAUGUUUUUUUCUGGAUGGAAAAGCUGGUCGGGGCAAAACAUAUAUUGUAAAUACGAUCGUAAAUUAUCUAAGAGGGCAAGGAGAUAUUGUUGUUAUUACUGGUUCGACAGCUUUGAGUGUUACACUAUAUGAGAGAGGUCGUACUGCACAUUCUGCAUUUGGUAUUCCUGUCGUUGAAGUAAAGUUGUCCUAUGAGAAGGUUUUAGUAAAGUCAGUCGCUGACAUUACGAUAUUAGAACAAUAUGGAGCUACAAUCGACUUUGAGUAUCAGAUCAGAUCGGGCGAAAUUACUAUCGAAGUCAAGCUUAAUUAUAUGGGAGGAGAUGCCUAUGGCCAACAAAGCAGCAAUUGA